AUGAAGAAAUCCAGUCCACCCGUUGCAUCAUUUUUGUCCGAUUCAUUAUUCCCACCUCGAAAAGAACAAGAGAGUCAACCUGAUCCAUUGGCAACGCAAGUAUGGCGACUGUACACCAAAGCCAAAGACACAUUACCAAAUGGAUCUCGUUUAGAGAAUUUGACCUGGCGUAUGAUGGCCAUGACAUUAAAUAAAAAGAAAGAAAAGGAAGAAAAGGAAGAAAAGGAAAAAGCGACAUUAUCACCUCCAGCACCGGAUGACACUGUAGCCUUAUUAUCAUCUUCCGCCCCACCAAGUAAUAAUCAUUUUAAUCAAAAUGUACUUGUAUAUGGAUCGGCGCGUGCAUCUUCUCCUUUAAAUGAAAAAUCUUCUCCCCUUUUAUCACAUGUCAGCAAUAACAGCAUCACUAUACCUGUUGACUUUGCAAACGAAGAUGACGUACAAAUAGACUCUUAUACAAAUCCCGGUGCUAUAAGUUUUGAGGAUUUACUCACCAUGUAUCAUUUCAAUGAUACACCCUACACAGGUUCGGGAGAUCCCGCAGUUGGUCACACAUCAGUGCCAACAAAUAAACAACAGGUACAACAGCAACCAUCACCACAGAAACCAUCACCACAACAACCAUCACCACAGCAACCAUCAGCAUCACUAACACCACAAACACCCUCACCACCACCACUGUCAUCACUACAAAACAAAUCCGUCACCCAAUGCACCAAUUGCAAUACCACCACAACACCACUCUGGAGAAGAAAUCCCGAAGGACUUGCAUUAUGUAAUGCGUGUGGAUUGUUCCUGAAAUUACAUGGCGUGGUCCGUCCACUGAGUUUAAAAACAGACGUGAUUAAAAAACGAAAUCGAAGUGGCAGUACGGUCCUUACCAACCACAUCAAACAACAACAACAGCCACAACCAUUAGGUGUGGGAAGAGGUCUAAAAACAGUGAUUCAAAAGAAUGAAGAGUCGAGUGGAGGUGGAUCAGGUGGAAGACCCAUUACAUUUACACCUUCAUGGCCAGGCAAUGAUAAAAGACAACGACGGUAUUCUCUUUGUCCACCCGCAGAAGAACAAGAAAAAAAAGUCAAGGCAGCGGACACAUCGAGUCCAUCGGCUAUGGUCAUUGCGGGGUCUUUACCUAAUCAUUAUUAUUAUCAUGGAAAUGAGGGUCUUCGACAGGUCUUAUUAUCAAAACAACAAGAGCAAGUGAAGAUAGCCACCACCACAGCAAUCACCGCAGAAACAACAGUAACAGCAGCAGCAACAGUGAGUACGGGAAGAGCUAUAUUACCCAAUCAUCAGCAUGGACAUCGGUUAUCAUUACAGCCUACGCCUACUUUAAAUUGGAUGGUGAUGCAAAACUUAGAAAGAGGAGACUUAUCAGAUGUCGAUGUAUAUGAGUUAAAGAAAGUUCAUGUUUGGAAUCCAACCCUUUUUUUUUGUGUGACAAUUGCGUGUGAUACGCCAAUGUAA